GCCCAGCCCAUCUUAUAAGUAAUCCUUUCUGUGAAGAAAACACUCUUAUUUCAAUAGUCCAACGCAACGUCGCUCACUUCAUGGUGUUUUUUAAAUUAUUCGGAGUCUAAUAUUUUCAAAAUCCCAGUGCAAUUGCAACAAACAAUAAAAUAGAAAAGUCGAAUCACUACUCAGACGAUGUACUCCAUUCUCUCAAAUGAUCGAUCAUGUUAUUCAGUCUUAAACGCCAGCUGAUCGCCUCUCAGAUUUACUUUGUACUUCAAGGUUUCUGCUGACAUACUUGGUGUUAAUAUUACCGUAAAUAAAAAAUUACCGUUUUCAGACAUUAGGUAAUUGCGAUGGAAAAAAGUAAUUGAAUGAUCUCAUCAAAUAGCCUGAUAUCCAAUAUUUAUAUUUCAAGUACUCCUUAAUGAUCAGUUCGCGUGUUUAAUCAGAUCUGGAUAGAAAUUUAUCGAUUAGACAAGUCGUCAGUGUUAUUUUUGCGUGAGAAGAAAAUUUUAGGAGCUGUCAUGGCAUCAUUGCAACAAAACGCUAAAAAUUCAGAGGAAAAAUCGUCAGAUUCCACACACACAUCAAUGGAGUCUAGUGCUGGAACAGCGUCUGAAAAUGGAGUGAAGAAGAGAUUUGAGAAUAUUAAAAAAUCACCAAAUGAUAAUAGAGUCUACAGAGGAUUAAUUCUCAAUAAUGAUAUGAAAGUUCUGUUAAUAAGUGAUUCAACCACCGAUAAAAGUGCAGCGUGUUUGGAUGUUAAUGUUGGAUUCAUGAGCGAUCCGGCAGAAUUACCAGGUCUUGCUCAUUUGUGUGAGCACAUGCUCUUCCUUGGUACCGAGAAGUAUCCAAAUAAAAAUGAGUACACCUCUUAUUUAUCUCAGCAUGGAGGAGCUUCGAAUGCCACUACACAGUUGGAUCAUACGACUUAUUACUUCGAUAUUAUUCCAGACAAAUUAGAAGGGGCUCUCGAUAGAUUUUCACAAUUUUUUCUCAAGCCAUUGUUCACAGAGUCCAUGACGGAUCUCGAGAUUAAUGCCGUUCACUCCGAGCACGAGAAAAAUAUCGCUCAGGAUUUCUGGAGGGCUGAUCAGUUGGACAAAUCCUCAGCUGAUCCUCAACAUCCUUAUUCCAAAUUUGGAACUGGUAAUCGGGAAACUCUUGAUGUGAAUCCGAAAAAAAAUGGAAUCAAUGUUCGUGAUGAAUUACUCAAGUUUCAUGGAACCUGGUAUUCGGCUAAUAUCAUGGCCCUUAGUGUUCUCGGAAAAGAGAGUUUAAACGAUCUAGAGAAGAUGGUAGUGAAGAUGUUCGCUGAAGUGCAAAAUAAAGAAGUCGAUGCCCCGGAGUGGCCAGAUCAUCCAUUCAACGAGAAUCAUUAUGAGCAUAAAUGGUUCAUAGUUCCUGUCAAGGACGUGAGAACAUUGAAAAUGAUUUUCCCACUUCCUGAGUUACGAGAGCACUAUAAAUCUGCUCCUGCACACUACGUCUCUCAUCUCCUUGGUCACGAAGGUGAUGGUUCGCUUCUAUCAGCCCUGAAGAGGAAGGGCUGGUCGAAUUCUCUUGUUGCUGGAAAACGAAAAGCUGCCAGAGGUGGAGUGAAUUUUUUCACUGUCAUUGUUGAUUUAACAGAAGAGGGCGUCGAUCAUAUCGACGAUAUCGUUUCUCUCAUGUUCCAGUACAUCAAUAUGCUGAAAAGUGAAGGUCCUAUUCGAUGGAUUUUUGAGGAAUGCCGACAAAUAGCGCAAAUGGACUUCGAUUUCAGAGAAAAAUCACCUCCCCGAUCAUACGUAAAUCUGACAGUUCAAGCCCUGCAGAAGUACCCAAUGGAGGAGCUUCUGACUGCCCCGUGUCUCCCUAGUGAAUGGCGCCCAGAUCUAAUAAAACUCAUAACCGAUCAUCUGAUUCCCCAGAACAUUCGAAUUCACGUUGUCGGAAAGGCAUUCGAGCCAAUCGCCACAGAAUCAGAAUUCUGGUACGGUACAAAAUUCAAGAAGGAGAAGAUACCAGAUUCCGUCAUCACGAGGUGGUCAGAUGACAGUCGCCACGAAGAGCUGAAGUUUCCAACUAAAAACGAGUUCAUUCCGACAUCCUUUGAAAUAAAAACGAUCGACAGAAGCAGUAUUGAAAAAUUCCCAGUAAUAAUAGAAGACAAUCCUUUUAUGAGAGUAUGGUUCAAGCAGGACGACGAAUUUCUCCUGCCCAAAGUCAACUUGACCUUCGAUUUCGUCACACCUCUGGCGUAUCUCGACCCAGUGAGCUACAAUUUAACGGGCAUGUACAUCGGACUCAUCAAGGACUCUCUGAAUGAAUAUGCAUACAAUGCUGGUCUUGCUGGCUUGAGCUGGGAAUUUACCAGCAGUAAAUACGGUGUAUCAUUGUCUGUGGGUGGUUAUCAUGAUAAACAUAGGAUUCUACUCGAAAAAAUUAUGGAUAAAAUGGUUAAUUUUACGGUUGACAAGCAACGCUUUGAAAUAUUGAAAGAGCAAUACAUUCGUGGGUUGAAGAAUCAUGGAGCUGAACAGCCGUAUCAACAUGCCGUUUAUUAUCUGGCAGUUCUGCUUGCUGAACAAGUGUGGACCAAGGAUGAACUCCUGGAUGCCGCUGAUGAUAUUACAGUGGAGAAAUUAGAAGCAUUUGUGCCUCAGUUAUUGUCAAAAAUGCAUGUAGAGAGUUUGGUCCAUGGGAAUUUGACGAAAGCUGAGGCGUUGGAGAGUGUACGACUCGUUCAAUCGAAAUUAACAGCUGAUCCAACGAAUCGGGGUAACAGAACACUUGUACCUCUGUUACCUAAACAAUUGUUGCUGUAUCGGGAAAUUAAUCUUGAAGAAGGCUGUCAUUUUCUCUAUGAGGGAGAGAAUCAUCAUCACAAGUCAUCUUGCACCGAAGUUUAUUAUCAAAGUGGAUUGCAAUCAACUGAUUCCGACAUGCAGUUGGAGUUGCUCGUACAAAUAAUAUCGGAGCCGUGCUUUACAGUUUUGAGAACCAAGGAACAGCUGGGGUACAUCGUUUUUUGUGGAGUACGGAGGAGUAAUGGGGCCCAAGGGUUGAGAGUCAUUGUACAGAGCGAUAGACAUCCUCAGUAUGUCGAGGAGAGGAUAGACGCAUUCAUGGAGUCGAUGUUGGAGCGAUUGGUCGAUAUGCCGGAUGAUGAAUUUAACCGGCAUAAGACUUCACUUGCUGCUCAGAGGCUCGAGAAGCCCAAGAUGAUGAUCACUUUGUCCGCGAUUUUCUGGAAUGAAAUCUCUACCCAGCAGUAUAAUUUUGAUCGCGUCAAUAUUGAAGUCGCAUAUCUUAUGACGAUUAAUAAGGAGCAGAUCAUUAAUUUCUUCAAGGAUAUUGUUUACAACAAAUCGCCAUCUAGGCGCAAACUGGCAGUUCACGUGAUUUCAACGGCAGAAGGUGGUGCUGGGGAUGAAAAGAAUAUCAAGGAUAACGGAGAGGAGAACAAGAAACCAGGUGCAACUACUGCUACUAAAAUAACGGACGUAAUUGCCUUCAAAGCCAGUCAGUCAUUGUAUCCAUUACUGAAACCUUACAACAAUAUCCCGAGGAAGGGACAG